AAAAAAUGGCGGAAAAAAGUGGAACAAAGCCUGCAAAAGGCGUGGUUUUGCCCAUGGCGAGAAUAAAAACCAUCAUGCGGAGCUCGGCAGAAAUCACAAAUAUCGGACAGGAGUCCGUCUAUCUGGUUGCCAAGGCAACGGAGUUGUUUAUCCAACACUUGGCUACAGAGGCUUUCAAGCAGGACCCAGAGACGACCGACACGCUGGCUUACGGAGACCUGGCUGAGGUUGUCAAUGAUGCUGACAAUCUGCAGUUUCUAGCAGAUGUGAUCCCAAAGAAGAUCGUCGUGCGAGACUACCUCCGUAUGGUCAGACAACAAGAAGAGGAAAAAGAAAGAGCAAAACAACAGAGUCAGCAGGAAGAGAGGGAAGAUACAGACUCAUAG